ACUUCCUCCGUCUUUUGCAACACAGACACACACACCCCAACCCAUUGCAUCACCGCACAGAAAUCCCAGCAAUGCUUUGCAGAACAGAAAAGACACAGUCGGCUGGAGUAGGCGGCAGCAAAGGGGUUAAAAGCAGGAUCUGCUCUGACUGAUCAUUUUCAGCGAGGCUGUGCGAGCAGGACCGCAUGAGCAACUGCAGCGGCAGCAGCAACCGGCUACAUCAGCAGCAAACCUUUUCCUUUCUCUUUCCUUUGGACUUUUACCAAGCGGCUCCUGGGAGCGGAUCGGAGCAGCCGCUCUGAAUGAGAGGGUCGUCUCCUUGGGGUCCUUUUCAAGUAUCUUAAGCCUAUAUCGGUGAGGGGGAACAUUAUUGGUAUUACUAUUAAAUUUAAAUAUAUCAUUAUUCGUCCGGAUCCCAUCUUUGCAUUUGCCCACCAUCCCUGGAAUCGUGAGAGAGGAGACCCCCGACACCGCCCCACUCUUCAUAAAGAAGUUUUUCCUCAACAGAAAUGGCAACGAAAAUCGACAAAGAGGCGUGCAGAGAAGCGUACAAUCUCGUGAGGGACGACGGCACGGAUGUCAACUGGGUGACGUUUAAGUACGAAGGAUCCACCAUCGUCCCAGGGCACCAUGGAGCCGAUUAUGAGGAGUUUACCAGGCAAUGCACAGAUGACAUUCGGUUGUUUGGCUUCGUCCGAUUCACCACUGGCGAUGCCAUGAGCAAGAGAGUCAAGUUUGCCCUGAUCACAUGGAUCGGUGAGAGUGUUAGUGGUUUGCAGAGAGCCAAAACUGGGACGGACAAGACUUUGGUUAAAGAAGUAGUACAGAAUUUUGCCAAAGAGUUUGUGAUCAGUGACCACAAGGAGCUGGAUGAGGAUUAUAUCAAGAGCGAGCUGAAGAAAGCUGGGGGUGCCAAUUACGAUGCGCAGGCAGAGUAAUGGGGGUGGGGGAAAUGCACUGUGCCUCUCACAGCCACCUGCCUGCAUCCAGAAGGGGAGGGAGGGGGGAAAAGCACAAUGUAUCUUCAAAAUCAACACCGGGAGAUGAACGGAGGCCAAGUGGGAGGACCAACCUCCUUCGUCUUCUGCACCUUCAGAGUCCCUUCCUGCCUCCCAAAGUGGACAUUGAUUUUUCAUUCCAUCCAGUGAAACAUCUCCUUCAUACAUGGAUCUCUCCUUUUUACAUUAUUGGGUUGUUGUUUUUUAAAAAAGAAAUUAUUAUUAUUAUUAUUGCUUAUCUUUUGCUUUUAACAAAUGCUACAUGGGUACUGGGCUCCAUAAUACAUUGCCUCUGCGACUUUCUUGACAAUAGAGCAUGUUGACAUGUUCCAGUCUCAAUAUUUUGGCAGAUCUGUUGUUGCUCUGGGAAGCCUGCAGUUGCAGCAUAGGGGAGAAAUAUGCAUUUUUAGUGAAUCCGCACUCGACCUUCCAACUCCCGGACGGAAGUGUUCCCAGGAGCAGUGCAUGCAGUUAGUUAGGCACAGUCUGAUCACAUGCACACUUACUCGGAAGUAAAUAUCAUUGUGUUCAAUGGGACUUGCAGUGCAAUUCUAUAAUCAUCUGCUCAGAAGUAAGUCCCAAUGUGUUCAGUGGGGCUUACUCUUAGGAAAGUAGAAUUGUAGAGUUGGAAGGAACCCUGAGGAUCAUCUAGUCCAAUCCCCUGCAGUGCAGGAAUAUGCAGCUGUCCCAUACAGGGAUCAAACUUGCAACCUUUCCAUUAGCAGCACAAAAUCCUAAGCAGCAAAGUAGAUAUAGGCAGCGAUUCUAAGCAAACUUUUAUGGGGAGUAAGCUCUAGUGAAAUCAGGGGGACUUCGGUUCCAUCUGUACAAUUGCACUGUUACUCCCAAUUAAGGGUGAAUACAAUUGCAGUCUUUACUGUCCUAUAUUGAGCAUGUUCUACUGAGUUCAGUGGGUUGUACUCCCAAGCAAGUUUGCAAACGGUCGCAACCUUACAGCACAAACCUAAGCAUGUUUAUUCAAAAGUAACUUCCUCUGAAUUCAAGAGGACUUAUUCCUAAAUCAGUGUGCAUAGGACCUUAGCUUUAGGCAGCAAUCCUAUGCACACUUAAUUUACCUGGGAGAAAGCCCCACGACACAGUGGGACUUCCUUUGGGAUAAACAAGCAUAGGCUUGUGCUAUUAGCAAGUUUUUUUUUAAGUACAUUUUGUUCCCCAAGUCUGAGAUCAACUCAAUCCAAUGCCAGUCAAAAUCACACGUUGAAUCGAAAUAUCCAGAAGUGUUGAGUUCUAGUCAUGAGAAAACAUAAUCUAUAUUUCAGCUUUCAAAGGAACAAGAAGAAAUAUAAUUUGCCUUAACAAAAUUGCUUGGCUCUGUGCUAUAUAUGGGUUCUCCCUCUCUUUUAAACAAAGUGCUUUGUUUUUAUUGGAUUUUUUUUAAAGGUUUGCUAUAAUAGCAGUAAACAAGGAAGAAGUAAAAUAUC